AUGGGAACAGCACCCCAGCAGGAUUCAGUGGCCUUUGAGGAUGUGGCUGUGAACUUCACCCUGGAGGAGUGGACUCUACUGGAACCCUCACAGAGGAAAAUCUACAGAGAUGUGAUGCAGGAAACCUUGAGGAACCUGGCCUCAGUAGGAAAUUCAUGGGAAGAUCAUGACAUUGGAGACAGGUAUAAAAACCAAGGGGGAAGCCUAAGAACUCCUAUGGUAGAGAGACUCUCUGAACAUAAAGACAGUAGUCCAUGUGGAGAAAACUUCAGCCUUAUUCCAUGUCUUAAUCCGAAGAAGAAAACUACUGGAUUAAAACCACGCAUUCUGUGUGGAAAAGUCUUUAUGAAUCAUUCAUCCCUUACUAGACACAUGAAAUGUCACAUCAAACAUGAACCGGAAGAGGGUCAAAAAUAUGGUGACAAGCUAUAUAAAUGUAAGCACUGUGGUAAAUCCUUUAAUCAUCUCACUUCCUUCCUACAUUGUCUUCGAAAACAUGAAAGAAUCCACACUGGAGAAAAACCCUAUAAAUGCAAGGAAUGUGGGAAAGCCUUCACAUGGCUCACAUCGUUUCGAAAACACAUGAUAAUACACACUGGAGAUGGACCUUAUAAGUGUAAGGAAUGUGAGAAAGUAUUCAUUAAUCCCAGUUCCCUUAAAGUACAUGAAAGAAAUCACACUGGAGAGAAACCCUAUAAGUGUAAACACUGUGAUAAAGGCUUCAGUUACUUCAGAUCCUUACAAGUACACAAAAUAAGUCACACUGGAGAGAACUUAUAUGUGUGUAAAACAUGUUCUAAAGCAUUGAGUAGUCCUAGUUCUCUCCGAAAUCAUAAAAGAAUUCACACUGGAGAAAAACCCUAUGAGUGUAAGGAAUGUGGGAAAGCCUACACAUGGUACAGCAACUUGCAAUAUCACAUGAUAACACACACUGGAGAUGGACCUUAUAAAUGUAAAGAAUGUUACAGAGUGUUCAUUAAUCCCAGUUCUCUUAAAAUACAUGAAAGGAGUCACACUGGAGAGAAACCCUACCAGUGUAAAAAAUGUGGUAAAAAUUUUAGUUCUCAAAAUGGUUUCCAAACACACGAAAGAAAGCACACUGGUGAAAAACCUUAUAAGUGUAAGGAAUGUGGGAAAGCCUUCACAUGGCCAAAAACCUUUAAAAAACACAUAAUAACACACACUGGAGAUGGACCUUAUGAAUAUAAAGAAUGUGAGGAAGUAUUUAUUAAUCCCAGUUCUCUUAAAAUACAUGAAAGGAGUCACACUGGAGAGAAACCCUAUUGGUGUAAAAAAUGUGGUUUACUUUUUGGUUCUCGAAAAGGUUUACAGAAUCAUGAAAGAAAUCACACUGGACUCUAUUCAGUUCUCUCUAAUAACCUGUAUGGGAAAAGAAUCUAA